GAUCCAAAUGAUUGGCUUAUUCACUUUGAAAAAGCUGCUAAAGCAAAUAAUUGGACUUCAGAAAGAGCUUUAGAAAUAGUUGGUGGAUUUCUUGAAGGAAUGGCAGCUGAUUGGUAUAAAGCUCAAACUGAAAAGGAAGACGUUGAAAAUAAUGAAUGGAACAUUAAAGAAGUUAUACAU